GUCUCAGUCGUUGUGCGGGAGUGGUCCACGAGUGAUGUGUGGUGUUAAGUGUGACUGAUAGGAAAAGAGACGUAGUAGAGUUUUCUUAACACCCCCGGGAAUCCGUAACGCGGCCGAGAUACAAAGAAAUCAUCACCGGCAAUAAGAAUUGUUUCUCGUCAUAACCGCAGUACCGCUUCUUUCCUCUCUCCUCCCUGCCUCCACUCUAAAUAUAGGAGACUCAAUCUAGUCAGCCACGUUCUUGUCCCUCCUCUAUCCCCCCCCACCCCGCGCACCUCCCGCCCGUUCACACACGCACACCCCCAAAAUCCGCCGGUGUAUCGAACGGAGUGUAUAUUUAUUUCUAAAACCGUAUUUAUUGUACAAAAGACUGUUUAAACAGGAGCCGACACAAUGUCCGUGGAUAAGGAGGAAUUGGUGCAGCGUGCAAAGCUCGCCGAACAGGCUGAGAGGUAUGACGAUAUGGCAGCCGCAAUGAAGGCGGUAACCGAAACUGGUGUUGAAUUAUCAAACGAAGAGAGGAACCUGCUUUCUGUUGCUUACAAGAAUGUUGUUGGCGCGCGGCGUAGCUCGUGGCGAGUCAUUUCUUCCAUUGAGCAGAAGACAGAAGGUUCGGAACGCAAACAACAGAUGGCAAAAGAGUACCGGGAAAAGGUUGAGAAGGAACUACGCGAAAUUUGCUAUGAUGUUCUGGGAGAUGGUGUCGCUAUGUUGCAGGGACUCCUGGACAAGUACCUGAUCCCCAAAGCCAGCAACCCUGAGAGCAAAGUAUUCUACCUUAAGAUGAAGGGAGAUUACUUCAGGUAUCUCGCAGAGGUUGCGACUGGUGAUACCAGAAAUACUGUGGUAGAUGACAGCCAGAAGGCGUAUCAAGACGCGUUUGAAAUCAGCAAGUCUCAGAUGCAGCCAACUCACCCCAUCAGGCUGGGUCUCGCCCUCAACUUUUCGGUUUUCUAUUACGAGAUCCUGAACUCUCCAGACAAGGCCUGCCAAUUGGCCAAACAGGCAUUCGACGAUGCUAUCGCAGAGUUAGACACAUUGAAUGAGGAUAGUUACAAAGACUCUACACUUAUCAUGCAGCUGUUGCGUGAUAACCUUACCCUAUGGACAAGCGAUACGCAGAACGAAGGGGAUGAACCACAGGAAGGAGGAGAUAACUAACCCUCAUAAUUUAAGUCCAAUCCUUCUAAUAUAAAAACAAAAGAAAAAACAACAACAUCCUAUUCUAUAGUCCUCCCUCCCAACUCCCAUUUCCUGUAUCCUUUCGCCCUCGCGUAUAUAUAUUUCCCUUCCAUAUAAAUCUCCUCCUAAUAAAAGUCAACUUCUCUAUUAAAAUGCAUUCUUUGCACACUACCCGUGGUCUGAAAUUGUUAAAUCUCGACAUUAUAUUAAACAACUUAUUAUUAUAAUCGUUGAGUUAGAGAGAAAGACAGAAAUAGAGAAAUAGAGUAAAGAAAAAAAGAAAUCGGAAAGGGAGAGGAAGGAAGAAAGAAAAUGAACGAGCUGUUUUAACCAAGUAAAAAUUAAGUGGAUGAUGAAAAAAGCGUUGUAAGAACCUUACAAAACACAUGCUCCAGAUUGUGUUGUUUAAUGGCGAAAGAGCGGAGUUCUUCGCUAUAACAAAUGAUUGUAUUAGUCGAAAUUUGAAAAUUUAUACCACGCGUAUAUGAAAAGCAAAGGAUACCAAAAUAAUGAAAUUAAAAACAAAUUUGGUAAACAAACAAAUAAUAAAUAACAUCCAAAUACGUCCCAAUCAAUGAGACAACAGUCGAGAACGGUCGCACAUGUACGUGUUUAUACAUGUAAAUUGAUUAUCACUGCUGCAGGAAGCAUAAAACCAAUUAACGAAUCGAAAUAACGAAGCAAAUAAAAAAUAAACACGACGAUGUGGGAGAAUUAUGUAAAGCACAACAGUAUAUUGUUUGGUAUUGAUAAAAAUUGAUUAUCGAAAUAGUAAAAAAAAAAAAAAAAAAAAAAACUGAGGUCUUUUUUAGAAGCUACUUGUCAUACGAUAUUGCUAUCCUCCAAUCUUGUUAAUUACCAACUAAAAAAUACGCUAAAAGAGAAGCAUUGAUACAUUAUAUACCCAGUUGUCAUUUAAAAUGAAAUUUCACAUUGUCUAGCGGAUACAAUAUUAUAUAGUUCAAGAAUGCAAAUGAAAGAAAAAACAAACGCUGAAGGAGAAAGAAGAAUAAUUAAAAUACAUUAUUAAGAUAUUCAACUCCGAAACAAAAGACAGGAAAAAACAUCAAAAAAAUAAAAAGAACAGAAUGAAAAUGAAUAAAUAAAAAUCACAACAGAUAACAGAAACAACAACGUCGGUGGUAACUUAAUUUCAUCUUUAUUACAUUUUCACAUUUUUUUUUUUAUACAAUGAUGCGUUGUUUGCAUUCGCUGUAUUCCAUGUAUUAUUAUUACUACAUCCAUAUUAUUGCAUGUGUAAACGACAUAAUUUUGCGAAGAAUCCGGCACACAUUAUCAGGAUGAAGAAUAUAAUGUGUAUUAUCGACGAAGCAUGUUUUUUUUAAGCUAAUCAUAGCUCCAGUUGUCGUAAAUUACUGGAGGCUGUAUUAGGAAAAAAAGGAAGAAAAUCCCAAACCAAUCCACGCUUUCUUAAAGUCUAUACUUUAAUAUCAACGAUACCCUCCCCAUCCCUCAUCUCUACCCAUGCUCUUCAAUUGCAAUCCAUUUAAUCCUACCGAAAAAUCCUUUGAAAAGUAAAAAAAAAUGAAAAAACCUCUUUAUAUAUCAUAUAUAAAUAAAUAUAUAUAUAUAUAUAUAUAAAAAUAUAUAUAUAUAUACAUAUGUAUAUAUACAUACAUGCCAGAGAUGUUUACUACUACAUAAUAAUUCAUGUUGCGGUCGAGAAAAAGAAAAUUGUAUGUGUAUAUUUUUGUUGUGCGAUCCUUUUCUUGGUACAUACACAAUUGGUCGGACAUAUUGUGUGAGAAUAUUACUUUCUUUAAAAAAAAAAGAACACUGCAAUCGUUUGCCACAUGAUGAAUUCACUCACAGUUUUAAAUCCUGUAUUUACUGAUACACAAAAAUCGUGUGUAAAUGUAAAGCUGAGUAUGAAAAGUGAAAAUAACACAAAAAUUAACACACGUAUAGAUUCACUUUUUUAUAGCUGUAUCUGUAAAAGUAUGAAGAAAAGUUUUACCUCACGGUUUGAAUAUCAGCGAUGUCGGUUAGUGUAUUAAAUAUUUAAUAAUUAAUGGUGAAGAUUUGAGUAAAGGUAAAAAAGACACGCAUAAUAUUUCUUGAAUAAAACAUCCAUGCAUCCGUUGUCACGAAAGAGAAAAAAAUCGUAAUAAGUAAUAAUAAUCUUGUAACUGGUUUCGAAAGAUAUCUAUUUUUUCGUAUAUAUAUAUAUAUACAUAUAUAUAUUACAGAUACAAGUAAUUGAUAUAUACAUUUUGGGUAAACGUGUUGCUGUCGUGUUGGUAUUUUCGGUGUAUCGGUGUCUGUUGCAACAAACAAACCAGAAACCAAACAAACAUACAGAAAUAACGACUUGCUCUUGAUCAUGAACUGGAUCUAGGUCGUGAUCGUGUUCGUGUUCGUGUUCCACACAUUGCAUCGUACCAAUCGUAACAAUGAUUAUUGUCCUUACCAAUCAAUGGAUCCAAAAUAAUAUGCUAAUUGUCACUUACAUACGUGAAACACACUUUUUUUUCUGUUAUUUUUUUUUUAUCGCUGAUGUAUUUGUUGCUCAAUGGAAUGUGAGAGUUUUAUAAGCAAUCAGGGUCCGCUGGGUGAAAAUGGGCUACCAAACAAUGGGCAUAAGUAAUGGUUUCAUGAAUUUUUAACCCUUGUCGACCUAAUCUCGCUCAGUAGACCCUAAUAUUUGUAUUCCCCUUCCGCUCCUCCUUCCUAUUUCCCCAUUAUUGUUAACAAAACCAGUUUCAUUAUCUUGAAAAAACACAGUUUUACCUAAACUCACAUUAUACUCAUUUUGUGUCUACAUACUUUGAUUUGGAAGUUUUCUCAAGGCAAUUUUAUACGUCUUUCUUCUUCAUGUAUUUUUCCUCCUCUUCGGAAUUCUUUUUCUUUUUCCUAUUUUUCGGAAUACUUGAAUUUCAAGUAUUUUAUCGACAAACUUUUUAAUCAUUUGAAUGAGAACCAGAAAAGCUAUCGCGUUAAAUUAAUCACUGAUCGGUGUAUGUUGUAACUUCUUAGCUGCUUCCCCUCAUCCAACAAUUUCCACCUUACUCUUAUUUAAAAAAAAAAAGAAAAGAAAAUACAGCAAACUCCUCCCAUUAGAAAACUAUAAUAUUAAUAAUAAUAUUAUUGAUAAUAAUAAUUAACUAUUAUUAUUAAUUAACACGCCAUUAUUACGUACUUCACCACCACCCCUUCCCUGAACCCCCCUCCAACCACCAAGCCACCCUCGACGCCACGACUCUUUGUCCUGAAUUACGUUGUUCUAUUUGUAUUUAUCAUCAUCCAUCGUAAUUGUAAAUUAUAAUUAUUAUAAACGUUUACACGAAAUAAUAAAUUCUGAUAAAAUGUCUGAAAAAACCAUA